AUGAAAUGGCUCCUCGACAAGGUCAACCACAACAACAUUCCCUUUAAGGGAUUCAACAAGGCAGGGGAGUUGUAUGAGCAUUUCGGGAGUGACUACAUCGAUCAGCAUCCGAAGGGCACAGGUGGAGGACCUCGUACACUUCGCGGCCUCCUCAUCUGCUCCCUCCCUCCGAGGAAGAAACGCAGGGAGCAUAGUGUGUAUGGUGAUCGGUGA